CAAGGAACGUACGGUAAACAAGUUAACAAACAACGUCAUUAACCCCACGGUUAACGAAGUGUUUGUCGGAUAAGUUGUGCAGAAGGCCAACUUAUCUUAUUGCUGCAGCAGCCGCCGCAGCAGCAGCCGCAGCCGCGGCCGCAGCCUCAGCCUCCAGUCGCUGUUCUUCUCGCCACGCCUGUUGAAGUUGCAGCGUUACGGCUCGGCAGGCUCGGGCAAAGCGCUGCCAGCACUCCGGGGACCACGGUAGCCUAUUCAGGUGGUGAACGUCUUUGGGAAGUGUUGUUGUGUUUAGACAAACAAACAGUGCCUGAUGUCGACAUUGUAAAAGUUCCUUUUCGGAAGUUCGUCUUCCGUUCUACGCACAGCAGCAAUGAGUGGCGUAAAAUCAAGAGACCCAAACGAAAGUGAGGUGUACGUACAGGUAACACAUCACGGGGCGUUGCAAGCGGCACUACAGACGCUGAAGGAACGGUGCCAAACGUUGCAGAAGCGUAUCUCGACUCUCGAGGAUGAAAACCUAGCACUGCGGACGACGCAAAGCAAGACAACUGGUGAGAGGGGACAGGGUCGCUCCACCACCUCAAUGGAGGUGGAACUGUUACGUCACAACGUUUUGGAGCUGUCCCGUCAGAAAGCCCAGCUGGCGGAGCAGAUCGCGAUGAUAGCGGGCGAAAAUAGGCAGCUAUGGAGUCGGCUUUCACAAAUCGUGAAAGACUUUCCAAUAGCCUCUUGCAUGGGUGAGCGGCAAGUCGACAACGUCGAUGAUGGAACGAACACUAUCAGGGAGGCACUUGCCGAUCCAGCCGGUGCUUUGACUGGGACUCCGGCACAGAACCUUAUUCGUUCGCGAACUUUUACUAAAAAUGCUCCCAAUCCGAAGCUACGUGCACGUUUGCCGCACAGUACCAUGGACGAACAACUGCUCAACCUGGAAGACGUUUCACUGCUCAAUGCAUGCGAGUUUCUUGAGAAAGAUGGGUACAAUACCGGCAAUGAACUGCCGUCAUUGGGGCUUACCGCUUCGCAGAGUGAGGAAUUGCUUGAAGUGGCACUUGAAGCGAACCCCGACUUACGGCACUACACCGACGGGCUGCUAGCGAUGCAACUCGAAGUCGUCCGACAACAGCUUGGCCUGAAAAGCGUCCUCAACCAACUGCAGUUGAAAAAAGAACUUUGCCACCGUUGCAAGCAUCGCCAACAACAAACGACUUCUGCCGAGAAAAAGCCUAUCAUGAAAGAUGUUACAGUUGAAGUGACUGAGGGUGAGCUCGUACAGAUGGCUGAAAGGCGACCACGCGAUUCCCGUAGUAACGGUGCACAUGAUCAGCAGACAAACCCUGUGGAAACUUCAGGCGGCAUGAUGGAUACCAGUACAACAGACGAGCUACCACUUGCGUCCCGAACUCUCGAUCUGCUGCAGGAAAAGCUGCGCGCCAACAGUCUAGACAAAAUGUGCCCGAUGUGCGGUAAACUGUACGCGGCACAGGCACCGUUCAAUGACUUUCAGCAUCACGUCGAGUCCCAUUUCCUCGAAGACGGUGAACUAGGAGACCUUAGCCUGGACCGAACGUACGAAUACGUUUCGCAAACAGUAGGAAACUUCUGACCAGUGUCUGGAACUUCUCGUCGAAUCUUCUUCUCUAGCGAGCUUUAACGUCGGUCAUAAGACGUUGUGGCGAAUUUAUAGCCUUUUCUUGUCUUCUACACAUUGAUUUUAUCAUUGUAAAACAUAUGAUCCGUUAUUCAUGUUUAUUUCGAUGUACCGUUGCAAGCUACACAAAUAUUAAAAAGAACCUGUGAAUGUCACAAUUGGUCUUGACCCAAUUAACUAUUUACCAUGCUCGAUCGAAAAAAGGUAUUACCAGCAAAAUAUUGCGUUGGGCAAAAGUAAUCCAUUAUUUUCUCCGUAGAUGAACAGAAUGAAGUCGACCCAUUUCUCAACCGCAUGGCUACUGUUUUUUUUCUUUUGUAUUAUAGAGGCUUUGAGCUAUAGUGGCCUAACAUUUGUCUCUUACUUGGCUACUGGUGACGAGAAAUGGGAUACGUACGACAAUACUGUGUGCAAAUAUCGUGAAAGCAGCUCAACCGGUGGCCUAAACAGGACUAACGACCAGGAAGCUUUCACUGGGUACAAGGUGGACUUUAAAAGAAUCAUUUAUUUAGAGUUUCUUUCGCGUGGCUAAACACUAAAUUCAGACUAUCAACAACUGCACCGUUCGAUUAACCAAAAAAGGUCCAGCAGAAGAGGGUUGGUGUUCGAUCAGGAGAACGAAAUGUCACAAACGUUCAUAGUGACUCGCCAGAAAGUCCUGGAGCUUGGAUCACCUUUUUCGCGCAUUGCAAAACUUCUUGAGUGAUAAGAAAUUGAGACCAAAAGAAGAUUGUGAAAAUAGAUUGCUAUAGUUUUUCGCCAAUAAUGAUUAGGAUUUUUACAAUAGAGGCUACCUUUCAAAUGGAAACACAUUUUUCAACAAAACGGUACGCCUCCAGGUUUCGGUUCCUGCAUGAUUACCUACAACCAUUCGGCUUGAAACGGCCAGGUGAGACGGUGCUAGUACUUUACUGUGGUAGGAUUCGUUUGAAGAUUGGCCGCCCAAAAACAUUUUCUUGGAGUGGUGCAACGUGGUGUACGAAGAUGUCAUCCGAAGAGAUCUCAGUCAGUGACUUCUACUAGGAUAAGUAUAAGUCGAAACUGAAGGUUUCCGUUGCUAACGAUAACUAACGAUGACUGGUUUAUUUACAUAAAAAGUACGCUUUAUAUAGUAUUUUUGCUUGUUCCUUUCUCCUGGUUCCGUGGUUCGGAAGCUUUGUUGAUAAACCCUUACUAAGUUUGGUGCCUAUUCAAGGUUCUCUCUUCCGUUCCAACGAUCUCUUCCGUCCGUGAUCGUUUCUCAAGUGAUUACAUGGUAUAUCUAUAAUUUUUGUCCCAUGUUGCGUCCAGAUAUAUUCCUAUCUUGUCGUUUACAACGAUCGUGUAGAUAAAACACGAAGUAAACAAUCUAUUAGACAAUCUGGCUAUUAAACUAACUACUGUACACUUUUGAUCGCGAUAGUAAUUUUCCGAACAAAGUGCCCUACAAUGUAACUACAAUAAAUAUUUACACGCUGUUUUCAAAUUAUACACUGCUUUUGGAUGUCAUAGACUCAUUGUUUACUUUCUCCUAGAAACUUUAAACUGGACCUAGAAACCUAAACGAAGCAUGCAAUAGCCUUGUCUUGUUUUGAAACAGCAUUCCACAGGCAAAAUAGGGCAUCUGACAGCAUUAACCUAGCAAAGUGGUACUUGUCUUGGCUUUUGCAAGCAUUAACCCUUACAGUGCCAGCAAUUUCGGCUCCUAGGGGGUCUAGAUGAAAUUUUAUCAUCAAUUUUAAAAAAAGGGGUUCAAGAGUAUCAGCAAAAUAAGACUAUUUGUAAAAGCAUCCACUCGUAUGUACAACACCAUUCAUUACUUCCGCUCAAAUAGGGACUCUUCGAAAUUUUCCCUCUAUUUAAAUGUUAGUGACAAGUUAGAGUGAAGUGACAACGUAAAACAAGUAGCGAAAGUGUCUCCCUAAUUGCCCCAUCCAAGUAUUAUUA